AUGACUACCUCAAUCAUAGACGAAUCAGAGGUUUAUGGUCGAGAAUCUGAUAAGGAAGCCUUACUUAACCAAGUAUUAUCUGAGAGUAGUAGUCAAGGAAGAUAUGAGGUUCAAGUUAUCUCUGUAGUAGGGGCUGGGGGUAGCGGAAAGACCACACUUGCUCAGCUGCUCUUCAAUGAUGAUAGAGUGAAGAACCAUUUUGAACUUAAAAAAUGGGUUUGCGUAUCAGAUCCUUUCGAUGAGAAAAGGAUCGCCAGAGCAAUCCUUGAGAGUCCAGGAAAGAGUUCUGAUUUGUCAGAGUUGGAACCACUGCUCCAACUGUUGAAAGAAACUUUUUCCGGUAAGAGAUUCCUGCUUGUCCUAGAUGAUGUCUGGACAGAGGACGACUCAAAGUGGAAGCCUUUCCAAUACGCUCUCAAGGACGGGGCUCCUAGAAGUGUAAUUUUGGUGACAACAAGGAGUCAUAGAGUGGCCACAGUGGUGGGAUCGACUGAUACUCACGGCCUAGGCAUGAUCUCUCACUCUGAUUGUUGGCUAAUAAUGCAAAGGAUAGCAUUUGCUAAACAAUCAGGGGACUUGUGCAAGAAGGUGGAAAGAAUUGGGCAGAAAAUUGCAGAAAAGUGCAAGGGGUUGCCACUUGCUGCAAAGACUAUGGGAAGCUUGUUACGGUUCAAAGAUACUGAACAACAGUGGCAGAAUGUUUUGGAUAGUGAGAUAUGGCAAUUGGAGGAAGCAGCUGUGGACCUUUUCCCUCAUUUGUAUUUAAGCUAUAACGAGUUGUCCCCGGAGCUGAAACGUUGCUUCUCAUAUUGUGCUGUCUUUCCCAAAGAUCAUGAGAUAGAUGUAGAAGAAGAGCUUAUUAGGCUGUGGAUAGCGCAAGGUUAUGUUCGCCCAAAUCGAAGAGGGGAGCACUUGGAGCUGGUGGGCCUUGAAUACUUCAACAAUUUGGCAAUGCGUUCCUUUUUUCAAGAAAUACAAAAUGUUGAAGAUUACGAUGGGUUUCAUGAAUAUCUGAAGUGCAAGAUGCAUGACAUAGUGCAUGAUUUUGCACAAUUUCUCACAAAAAAUGAAUGUCGUGCACUUGGUGGAGUUGGAAGGAAUUCAUCGAGUGAAAGAGCCCGUCAUCUAACAAUUUUGAAAGGCACUGAGGAGGAGAUGUUUAGCUCUCGAGUCGUUGAUUUUGGAAGGCUCAGGAGCUUUUUAGCUUUUCUAUUUGAAAGAGUAGUAGUUCCCCAAAAUCUGUUCUGCAGUUUGAAGUGCGCGAGGACUCUGGUUUUAUGUAAUUGUGAGCUAGUUGAAAUCCCAGCCGAAAUCGGAAGAUUGAUUCAUCUUCGGCACUUGGACUUAAGUAUGAAUCCUUUCGUGACACUGCCAGAAGCUAUAUGUGAUCUAUAUUAUUUGGAAACUUUGGAUAUCAAUCAUUGUAAAAAGCUUUCGUGCCUUCCUCAAAGGAUUGAAGGCCUUGUGCACCUGAGGCACCUUUUCAACCAUGUGGCCGAUGAAUUACGUCAAAUUCCACAAGGACUCUGGAAGCUGACGUCACUUUGUAGUUUGACUCGGUUCAUUGUCAGGAGCAACUCUGAUGAUUUGGCAAUUUUAAAGGAUCUGAACCAACUGGAAAGAUUGCACAUUGUAAUUGAAGGAGAAGUAGAUUUUGGGAGUGCGGAGCUCGGAAAGAAAAUCAACAUACGUAAAAUGUCUUUGUUCUUUAGCUUCGAGGCCCACUUUAUAGAAACUCCAAGUUGCAUUGAAAGCGUGGAACCACCUCCACACUUGGAACGACUUGCACUAAUUGGCUAUCCAGGAACUCAGUUACCAAGUUGGCUUGUGACGAAAUCUCACGCCAAUAACUUGACGAAGCUAAUUAUCGACAGGCCCCGCAAUAUCUCAUCCUUGCGUGCCUUGUGGAAGCUAUCAUCCCUAGAAAAGCUUAUCCUCUACAGAGUGGAAGAGCUGGAAUAUUUGGGCAAGGAAUUCUUCGGAGUUUCAAAAGCACUGCAUGAGAAUAGUCGUGAUGCUCUUGACACGUUGUCAAACUCCGAGUCAUCAUUCUCAUCUGAAGCAGUAGCAUUUCCGAAUUUGAGAAAAUUACAUUUUCGUCACGUCCUAAAUUGGACAAAUUGGGAAGACUUAAGUGAAGAUGAUGAAAAAGUUGCUGUAUCUAUCAUGCCAUGCCUGGAGGAGCUAAAAAUUUGGAACAGUGAAAAGCUUAAAAUGCUGCCACAUCGCAUCCUCAGAAAGAUACCAUCUCUCAAAAUUUUGGAUAUUCGACGUUGCUCCAAGUUGAGGGAUCGUUAUUCUGACAAAACAGGAGAUGACUGGAUAAAGAUAUCAUACAUUCCUCGAGUUCACAUAUCUGAUAAAUGUUAA